AUGGCAACUAAGUCAGUUUCUUCCUUCGCCAUACUUUUCAUCCUCUUUCUGAGUAUCAUAGGAGAAGUGCCGGAGACAAAAGCGCAGGAUAGAAAAUGUCUUCAAGAAUACGGCGGCGACGUGGGUUUCCGCUUCUGUGCGCCUCUGAUAUAUCCUUCGUUCUGUUAUCAGAGAUGCCGUGAGAACAAGGGAGCAAAAGGUGGAAGAUGCAGCUCAGGAGAGGCGGGCAGUGGUGGUAUGAAGUGCUUAUGUGAUUUCUGCAGCGACAAGCCUUAA